GAAGCAUGAAAAAUCGAUGUUAACAAUUAAAAAUAUCCAUAAAUAAAAAGAUAAGAAUGGCUGUUGUAUGGCUUCAACUUUUGAGUGUAGUAAUACUAUUACAGAGUUGCAGAUUCGAACGAAGAAUCAGAGGUGGACAUGAAGCAACUUCUGUGAAGAGCUAUGUGGUAUACUUUGCAAUAACAAAGAACUCUGCUCACACAUAUCUCGGCUGGACUUGUGGUGGAUCGAUAGUCUCAAGAUGGUUUAUCGUUACUUCUGCUGCGUGCGUGCAAGAUGUUGAACAUUUGUACGCAAUCGCAGGCUACGACACAUACGUGCCCUGGAACAAAAUUGAAGAAGAUGAUUGCAUUGUUAAUACAAGGAAAAGAAUCAUGUACAUUUGUAUACCUAGAAAUUACGAGUUAGAAUACGGCAAAUUGGAAAAAUGGUCUUUGAUUGACAUAGCGCUAGUAAAAGUUGAAGUACCUUACAACUUCGAGGAUGAUGCUUAUAUAAGGUUCUGUUCAUACAAACCGACUACGAUACCAAUCAACUAUUCCCAAGACUAUCAAUUUAAUACCGAUGUAAUUAUAAUGGGUUGGGGUCAUACCGAGAGAUAUCGUGAGAAAGGGGAUUUGACUGAUUAUAAUCAAAAAAAACUACACGUUGGUUCAACUAGAAUAUUGGCCCAUGAGAGGUGUACACCUUACUUCGAUAAGAAGAUGCAUAAAGUAAUACAGAAAUACAUGAUCUGCACUAAUGAUUCUGGAUCAAUAGAUGAAACAGGACACGUAAUGGAUGGAAUAAAUGUAGAACUAGUUGAUGGGUGCUAUUGGAAAAAAACACUACUCAAUGGUGAGGAACAUCUGGAAUGUCAGGGAGUGAGCGGGCUUGACGAUGAAAACAAUCGAAGGCUCAUGAUAAAUAAGACUUCAUCAAGAACGGGACGAGUUGGAAUAUGUCAGAAUGACCACGGUGGACCUCUUGUGACGUGGAAGGGUACUCGUGAAUUGCUCAUUGGUGUUGCAUCUGUGUUUCGAGUCACACCUACUCUGAAAUGUGUUGGACCCAGUCUAUUCACCAGCACUCAUUGCAAUGGAUUGUUUCUGCAUUGCGUUAUAAGCGAAAAUGACGACAAUAAUGUUAAAAGGAAGCGAGAAUGUGACUAUCCUCCUAAGAAGCGAGGUUACGAUUUAGUUGAACGAAGAAUAUCCUGGACCAACCAUCCUGACGGGCCAGCAAAUAGUGAGAAGAUUAAAAUCAGACCACAAGUUCCAUUAAGCUCUUUUCAAUGAUCAGAUGUUUUAAGGGUUUGAAAAUAUAUUAUAAUAUAUCUCUUUAUAAAUAUGUAUUUAAAAACAGUGAAAAAAUUGUAUCUGAAGACAAAUUAUGUAAAGGAAAUAUUGAAUUUUUUUUUUAUUUCACCACAACAAUUCAAUUAUCGUAUUGUCAUCGGAGUCUCCAUUUAAGCAUAACAAUAUAUAUUUUAGUUUUUUGCAUCGUAUUUAUAAUUAUUAUAUUUUAAUAGGUGUAAUUUGUAAAAAAUAUUUGACAUUUGUAAUC